GCUGGGAGAAACAAGUAUGUGAGUGUAAACACCGUGUCCAAGAGGGCGGGAAGCCCCCGGGCAGCGCGACUCGCCGAGCCCACCAGCCCGAGGAGAGAGUUUGGACAAGUUUGUGAUUGAAGUACUUGGGGAGGUGCCCCCGGUGGGGGUGGGGUGGGGGGAGAGAGGUGGCCGGAGCGGUGGCCCCUGCAGCCCGCCCGGGGUAUGGCCAACAUCCAGUCGGCCACGGCCAAGAGCAUCCGCCCCUUCAAGUCGAGCGAGGAGUACCUGGUGGCCAUGAAAGAGGACCUGGCCGAGUGGCUGAACGAGCUGUACGGCCUGGGCACGGGGCUGGAGCAGCUGGUGAGGGACCUGGAGACGGGCAGCUUGCUGUGCCAGCACGCCAACAACGUCAGCCGGGUGGCCCACCACUUCUGCUGCCAGUACCCCGAGCUGCUGGUCAAAGUCAAGCUGCCGCAGGCUGGGGUCACCUACACUGCGGCCGCUCAGCCCGGAACCUUCCUGGCCCGGGACAACGUAUCCAACUUCAUCCAGUGGUGCCGCAAGGAGAUGCAGAUCAAAGACGUUCUCAUGUUUGAGACAGAGGACCUGGUUCUGAGGAAGAAUGAGAAGAACUUUGUGCUGUGUCUGCUGGAAGUUGCCAGGAGAGCUUCCAAGUUCGGCAUGUUGGCUCCGGUCCUCAUUCAGAUGGAGGAGGAGAUCGAGGACGAGAUCCGCGAGGAGAUGGAUUUACCACCGGAGAUCAUUCCCCCCAAACCCAAACCACAGAGGCAGCUCUGCGACUUCAAAAACCUGGAUGAAAUGGUUCGUCAUCUUGUGAGUCGUUGCACCUGUCCUGAUCAGUUCCCCAUGGUCAAAGUCUCUGAAGGGAAAUAUAAAGUGGGAGACUCCAACACUUUGAUUUUUGUGAGGAUUUUACGCAAUCAUGUGAUGGUGCGUGUGGGUGGAGGAUGGGACACUCUGGAGCAUUACCUGGACAAGCAUGACCCAUGCCGCUGUACAUCACUCACUCACAAGCAAGUGUCAAGAUUCAGCAGCCCGCACAGAUCCGCCAUGCCUACGCAUGAGAUCAAGGCUCGCUUGCCGCCAAGGACAGACCAGCCGAACAAGCCACAGACGACACUCAUUCUGUCAAGGUCCCAAAGCCCCAUGCCUCCAGUGGAGUGGAAACUAGCUACACCUUCUGCUCUCUCCCUGAGGAAUCACAAUGCUGCUCUCCGACCCCCAUCACCGGACGUUGCCACUACCUCUGCAGAGAGCUCCGCCAGGAGGAAUCCCCGCGACAAGUCAGAGCCACGGCAAACCUACCAAGCCAGGCAGAGAGAUCGGUCAUCAACUCCUUCUUACCAGAUGCCAACCAGCGUCAACAGUGGGAAAUUCAAUUCCAACAUCACCUCUGCAGCAAGAACAGGGAGAGAGAAGACCAGGGCUUUGCCAAUAACCUCCAAGCCCUAUUCUGCAGCUCAGGAGAUCAAAAGAGCUGCCGAACCUGUGAUGGACACCAAGAAAGUGCCAAGUCAACCUGCUGUCCCUCAACAGACAGAGAGCAGGAUGAGCCGCACUUGGACCAACACCCAGUGUGUUGAUUCCAAACGUGACCAAAGCAGCUCAAACGUGAACAAGCAGAGCACCAGGGCUUUGUCACUGACUCACAAGCCGGCUUCAGAAGCAGGCUCCAUCAUCUCCAAAGGAUUGGUGAGAGGUCACUUGUCUGCACCUAGCUUACAAUGGAAGCUGUCUGUAGCUCAAGGUGCAGAGAAGAGAAGUGGGAAGGAUCAAGCAGCUCUUCAGCUGCCUGCUCCACUUGGUGCUGGGCAGGAAGGCUGCUGGCAAGAACCCAUCUCUACCAGGAAGCCAUCAAUGGACGGAUCAAAGAAACCAAUUCAGCAAAAAAGUCCUAUUCGGUCGAGAACUCCAGACCCUUACAGCUUAAAUAACAACAACAACAACAAAGGUGUGAACAAUGGCAGGAGCAAAAUGUGUUUAUUCACACCACCGCCUAUUAACCCGACCCAGGAAAUAGAACUGUACAGAAGCUUUGAAGAUGAAAUUGUGUCGAAUAUGAAAGCUUUGGAGAUGUUUAGUUUAGUUGGGGACAACUUGGAGGGGAGCGAGCCCAGUGGAUGUUCCUCAGCAGCGAGUUUGGCCAGUUCUCCAAACCAGAAGGAAGCUAAAAGAUCGGACAACCUAUGUUCUUCAAAGUAUUCGAUAUCCCCCUUCCAAGUUGCAGCCAGCCAUGUCAAUGAUGCCAAUCGUCCCACCAGUUGUGGCAAUGGGACUUUGCCUCCCUCACCAAAGCUGACUCAGAAUGGCAGUGGCUUUGGGGAGGUUCUUGCCGAGCUCGUCAGCGGAACGCCAAGCCUCAGUCACGUGGACAUUGAGAACUGGAUAGCAAACAGCUCCCUGGAAAUGGUGCCAUCCGAUUCCAGCACCAAACUACAGCAACCAGGUUUGAAUGACAUGGAAGCCAUCAAGCCAUUCCCCAAUAGAACUGAAGAUCAAAGCGCAAAUGAGAUUGGUUCAACGUGUGACCAAAAGGGCAGUGCUUUUAAGGGAGUUAUGAGAAGAGUUGUGACAAUGCCUCAAAAUGAAGUGACUGCUACUGAGCUGAAUUCCACACCCACAAACGAAGGGUCUGACACCAACGUAUCCUUUGACUGGCCAGACCCACCCUGCACUCUUCACAAAACCUGGGUUCAACAAGGAAGACAAAAGAGGUUUUUAAGAAAGCCCGAGAGGGUUCCCUCUAUCUACAAGCUGAAGCUUCGGCCCAAAAUACGUCCCAGGAGGGACAAUAGACCAGAGAAAAGGCCAUCCAGAAUCCCAACACCUUUAUCUUACAGGCAGGACGAUAAAACAUCAAAAAACACCACCAAGUCUGGAAUGCAGCACAAAUCUCACAGAGCUAACAGCAGAGUUGUGAGAUCCAAGACUCAGGUUAAACAGAAGCCUUCUUCGUAUUUGACACAACCAGAAGAACUUGUUUCAAGAGAGGACUCUUGUCCUUCUCAGCGUGCGCAGUCGAAACAAAGCAGAACUUCAGAAAAACAAUCCAUUACACAGGCCAUGGGGCAAGGAAGUGAAGAUAGCGAGUCUUGGGUUUAAAAGCCUGAAAACACACUCUAUUAAUCUCAAUCCCAAGUAUUUCUACAUCAAUGUAUUUGUGUUGGUUAAUCUUUAGUUUAAAAUCAGUGUUUCCAAACCUACAGUAUCACUUGAUCAGCGGCACUGUUGAAAAACCAUGUAUAAAAGAACAUGUUAUCACUGCAAAACAAAAGCACCUUGUAAUGAAAUUAAAUGCGAUUAUUGUGCAAGAAUCAGACAUUUACAUGUCAGCGACACAAUCUGAAUGCUAAUUACUACUAGAUAUGGGAGGGAAGGCAGAAAUCUCAACUAAAAUGGAGUAUUUGAAUCACAGCACGAAUGGCAUUGACUGACAGAUCAUUCUUAUGACAUUGAUCAACAUAUUUAUUCAUAAUUAUUUUGUAAGCUGAGCAUUUUAGAGAGUCCAAGAAUAAUGUUUACAAAUGCUGAUCUUUAUAAAAAAUCUUUACAAAUCAUUUCACAAAGCAAUUCAUAAUGAGCAUAAUGACAUCACUGAGAUUAUAUGAAAGGUAGGAAUCGGUUUGGUUUUAGCCCUGACACGACAGAAUAUUUCUGAUUUUAUUUUUGUCUGGUCUGGUUCAACGUUAAAAUGUAAAUAUUCAGCUGCUGAACCUGAAGUUUCACUGAAUCUUGCCCUAGCUCAGGGCAAAUGGCAGGUUAGGAUGUUUAGAUUAUAGAGAGCAGGAUGAUGCCAGUAAGCAUUCUCCGUACACAAAGGUGAGUGGAAAUCGAAAACACUCCACCCAAAAUUGUCCUGAGGUUUGGGGCUCUCUGCUGAAAAUUGGACGAUUGUUUAGUGAAUGUAUUAAUGGCCACAAACGGAAGGUGCUGCAGUACAGAUCAAUCAUUCUUGAACUGAAUGAGGCAGGCUGCUUGAGAAGCCGUUGUCCUUUCCUCCAUUGCAGGGGGUUUGGAAGAGAUGACUGUACUUUACUGUACGUUAACAAGGCAUGGAUUUCAAGCUAGGACUUGGAGGGAACGUUCACCUCUUCUGCAUAGAAAGGUUAGAAACACAUUUGUCUUUGUUACAUCCAGUGGAUGUUAGCCUCUUGAUCAGAAAGCUGUCAGAAUGAGAGUUCUGGCAUGUCGUUCCUUGGGAAAAUGAUUAAUAUCUUGUUAUGCAUAGCUUGGAAAUUGGUGAAUAGCAAUACGCUAUCUUGAAGGGGAGGGUUUCUGAUUUUGUUACAGAGCGAGAAGCUAAAUUGCAACGCGUAUCUCAUUUAUAAGAGCUUAUUUCACUAUCUUUGAUGCAAAGCAGUGUACACCAGGAGUCUCAGAGUUAAACCAGUAUCCAGAGUGAAGUUUAAUCAUGAGUUCUAGUGAAUAGAAAAUGAACCAAAACUUGGAAAUGAAAAUCACAAAUGUGCAAAUACUGGCAUCCUGAAAUAUCCUGAAUUCUUCAUAGAUUCUUGAUUAGUACAGGUGUCAGAGGUUAUGGGGAGAAGGCAGGAGAAUGGGGUUAGGAGGGAGAGAUAGAUCAGCCAUGAUUGAAUGGCAGAGGAGACUUGAUGGGCCGAAUGGCCUAAUUCUACUGUUAUCACUUAUGACUUAUAAACAGAAAUGACUGGUAACACUCAGCAGGGCAGCAUCUGUGAAGAGAGCAACAGAGGACGCGCCGAUGCUGACUGACCUGAUCCAAGCAUUUCUGUUUUAUUAUUUAGGGGCAGCACUUGUGCUACCGAAAGUGUGCUUAUUGAGGACUUUUGUAUUGAGGACUUUUGUAGUUUCACACAUUUCUCCUACCGUGAUGCCAUGAGCAGGAAGAAUUCAUAUCAAUUGAUGGUGAACAGGUUACUCUGUGCAUCAAUAUUACACAAAAUAAGUAUUCAUAUUAACAAUGGCCAAUUGCCAUUGUGUUGUGUUGACUUCUACUGAUAGCAGUGCACUGACCCCACCCUGAGCACUUUCAAUUCCGUCGUGUUGUAAUUUUAAUGAAUUAUUCUGUUGCCUUGUCUUACAGAAUUAUUUUUAUUCUCUGCAUCCUAUAUCUUUUGAAAA